UAUAUGGUACAAAAAAGUAGCAGAUUGAGAUGAGUGCUGCUGCCACUGAAGGACCGCCUGAGGCGAAGAAAUUCCGCAUUGAUCUACCUACUCAGGUUGUUGUUGAGCCUGCUCUUUGCUCGUCUGAGUCUCCGGAUGCGCCCGCCGCCGCCGAGGGACAGUCCCCUGCCGGACCGAGUUCGGCCCGUUCCACAAAUGACUCUGAGAUCUCCUCAGGAUCCGUAGAGAAAGACGAUGAGCCUGAACCUGGAAUGACUGGCAACAUUCUCGAAAUGAUCAGCAAAAGUCUACUCGGCAACGCUUUCAAGUUGGAUGAAGUAUCUCGUCCACCUCGUUUGCCGUCAGUACCGGCAUCGCCCGUUCCGGCACCUAUCCCUGGAGCCGUGGCUGUGGCACAAUCGCCUGCGGCGCAGCUUUUCUCCGAGGAUGACUGGAGUUGGCAUCGUAAUCCUGCAGCGGCGAUACGCUCCGGUGGCACCAACAAGCAGACCCCUGUGUGGAAGUACUUCGUCUACAAUAAGGCCGAGAAUCUAAGCAGGUGUAUAAUCGGUGACUGUACAUAUAGCUUGAAAGGACCACAUACUAGCACACUUGCAUGCCAUUUGAAGAAACAUUCGGCAGAAUAUGCUGAAUUUCAAAAACUGAAGGUGGACUACACUCGUGAGCGUUACGGUGGCCAGCUCCCUUCCUCACCGUCUUCCUCUGCUUCCGGAUCUAAUAAUUCCACAACCAGUAAUAACCCACCCGCCCCUAAACCACAGAAACCAAAGAAGGAAGCGAGAACGGACGUUAGUAACUUCAUGGCUGCUCUACGCGCUGGCACACCGGCGAUCCCUGGCCUGCUCCAGAAUCUGAUGCAGAAUCCGCUUCAAAUGAUGCUCAAUCCACAAAUACCGACCUCUUCGGCUAAUGUGAAUGCUGCACAAGCUGCGAAUCAAGUGCUGCAACAAGCGGCAGGUUUGACUAUCAGCUCGUCUGGGCAAAUCAUGCAGUCGAAGAAGUGGAGAAGAGACGAGCGCCGUCAACGCGAACUGGAACAACGACUGGCGCUGGCUUUGACCACUUCACAUCUAACUUCCGAAGCUCUAGCGAAUCCGCUAUGGAAAGAGCUUAUGGAAGCAGCACAGCCUAAAUUCACCUUGAAUGACGAUCCACAGUAUUUCGAGCAGUUGGUUUCCACCCUCCACCUUCGUCUUCUACAGUCCAUCAGAGCAUUGUUGGCCUCAGCAGUCUGGGUGACAGUGCUCGUCGACUGCAUUCGUCUCCCUCCCGCAUCUGGAAGCGAUGAACCGCUCGUCAGAUUGUGCGUUUCAGCCGCUUUCCCAGCAUUUGUAAAUCAGAAGUAUGAGGUGCAAGUGGUUUUGCUGGCGUUUCGUCCAUUGGUCCAAGCCGACAACACUUCGGAAUCUGUAGCCAUGACCAUUGAUCAGGUCUUAUCAGACUUCGAUCUUCCACAGGAGAAAGUGACGAGGAUUGUUUGCUCGGGGUUGAAACAACUCCUAGAUGAUGACGAUGGUUGCGUCGUUGACAAACAGAUGGAGCCGUUCAGUCAGCGAAUCAUGUCGUGUUUUAUGCGCUUUCUUGAUUCGAACUCGACGAUCGAUGAGUUGCGAAAGAGCGUCUAUCAAAUGAUAUUCGCAUUUGUUACACGACCAGAAUCACUGCAGGCUCUGAACAAGGCUGCAGGAAGGAUAGUGGAACUACCUCUAAGUGAGCCGUUCCCAGUCUUGGCUGAAGCAGUGAUAAACAUCAAACAUGCCAUUGAUGUGGUCGCUUUGGAUGGUGUUACGCCUCAUCUCACUGAUGAACAAUGGAGUCAACUACGUGGUGUUUGCAAUGCUGCGGCACUAUUCCGGCAAUAUGCCAACGGCAUCACCGAAGGCGAAUGUCCAACGGUAGACAGCGUGGUCCCAGCCAUCAAGCAGAUUGUUCAUGCUUUGGACAAGGACUCGAUCGAGCUUGGUGCACUUGCCGCUCAGCUAAAGGACGUCGUUACCGAACGCCUUGCACCGAUCACAGAUGUGAAUCACGAGGAGUUCGAUGGCACCUAUAUCCAAGCUACUGCGCUGAACCCACAGUUGGCUGUACUGCUCAGCGAGCAGCAGCUCUCCUAUGCGAGAUCUGCCAUCGAGCAGGAGCUCCACUCUCGACAGCCACCUGUUUCCUCCUCUCUUGGUGUCGAUGCUCUGCUGGCAUCAGUGCUCACAUCAUCUCCGGAUUCACUUCCCCUCUACUCCGACUUGCUUCAGCACGCGCAGCAGGCUCAGCGACUGCAACAAGAACGCAACUCGCAACCUCUGCGCGAUAGGAUAACCGAAGCCGCGCUCUCAUCGUACUUUGAUGAACUUCUCAGCGGGUCCCCUGCGGAAGCUCUGUUCUCUCCUCUGCGAUCGUUCGGCAACCCGCUUCAGACCCCUUUGGUGUUCUGGCAGGGCUGUAUGCAGCGGUGCCCGACGUUGGCCAGUCUGGCACUGGAGCUGCUCUCGAUUCCGACGACGACGGUGACGGCGGCGUCGUUGCUGUCGCUUCGCGGGGCGUCCCCCUUCCAGAAACCCGACCCGAUCCCGAUCCUGUCUCACUUGGACAAACCAGAGAGACUCGAUCGAAAUCUUUUACUUAGAUUCAACAGGAAUUUUAUACAUAAGGCUUAUUAAGUGGC